AUGGGCGAUCCCCCGUGUAAGAGUGAGGUGGAAGAGGACAUUCCAGGAGAUGUCACCACAGACAAUCCCAUUAAGAAUUCCGAGGGAGACUUCCUGUUAUCACUAAAUUACAAAGCAGAGGAAGAUGACAUGCAGCGCUCUUCAGGAGAAAACCACAUUACCCUUAAUAUGUAUCCAGGACUUCACAGUACAGAUCUGUCUUAUAAUCCCUCUCAGCAUCAGGAAUCCUCUCCUGAUCAGCCACAGUUAACCAAAAGUACAGGUCAGAAAGGUGGUAAAAGAUUAUGGUGUGGUAAAGCAUUCACAAAAAGAUCAAGACUUUCUAGACACAGAAGACAUCAGACAGGAGCGAAGCCAUACUCCUGUUCUGAAUGUGGAAAAAGCUUUACAAGGCAAUCAAGUCUUGUUACACAUGAGAGAAUUCAUACAGGAGAGAAGCCAUAUUCAUGUUCAGAAUGUGGCAGAUGUUUUACACAGAAAGCACAUCUUGUUGAACAUAAGAGAAUUCACACAGGGGAGAAACCAUAUUCAUGUCUAGAAUGUGGGAAAUGUUUUGCACAAAAAACUAGCCUUAUUAUUCAUCAGAGAAUUCACACAGGAGAGAAGCCAUAUUCAUGUUCAGAAUGUGGGAAAUGUUUUGCAGAUAAGUCAGGUCUUAUAAAACAUGAGAGAAGUCACACAGGGGAGAAGCCGAAUUCAUGUUCAGAAAAGAAACCAUAUACAUGUUUAGAAUGUGGGAAACGUUUUAUAUGGAAAUCAUCACUUGUUACACAUGAUAGAUGUCAUUCAGGAAAAUUUUUAUGUACAGAAUGUGGGAAAUGUUUUUCCAAAAAAACAAGCCUUAUUAUUCAUCAGAGAAUUCACACAGGAGAGAAGCCAUAUUCAUGUUCAGAAUGUGAGAAAUGCUUUGCAGAUAAGUCAGGUCUUAUAAAACAUGAGAGAAGAAGUCACACAGGGGAGAAGCCGUAUUCAUGUUCAGAAUGUGGGAAAUGCUUUAUAAAUAAAUCCAAUCUUGUUACACAUAAGAUAAUUCACACAGGAGAGAAGCCAUAUUUAUGUUCAGAAUGUGGGAAAUGUUUUACAUAUAAAUCACAUCUUAUUACACAUAAGAUAAUUCAUACAGGAGAGAAGACAUAUUUAUGUUCAGAAUGUGGGAAAUGUUUUGCAUUCAAAUCCCAUCUUGUUACACAUAAGAGAUGUCACACAGGAGAGAAACCAUAUUCAUGUUCAGAAUGUGGGAAAUGUUUUUUUUAA